UUCAGUCUCCCGUCUCCUACAACUCUCAAACUUAAAUACUUUCAGAGACCUCGCCGCGCCUUUGGCGGCUGUAAGAAAUCGCCGGUGAUUCCCCCGUCCACUGCCUUGCCGCCUCUCUCCCAUAUUCUCGUUGAGUGGAGUGCUCAAGUCUUCUUUUUCUUCUACUUCUACAGUUCUCGAUUUCUAAGAGAGGAAGAUGGGAGCCAAGGACUUGCAGAAGGAGCUAAAGAAAAAGAAGAACAAAGAUGCGGAAUCCCUGACUAUAAACUCUAACCUUGUUCAAAAUGAGGAAAAUUUUGCUAAGGUAACAGAAGAAAAGAAUAGGAAGAAGAAGAAACUGACACUGCAAAACAGAAGAAGCAAGGAUGAAAUAGAUGAAUGCCAUCUAUCAUAUGAUAAAGAAGAUGAUUUAGAUAAUGCAGAUGGGGAAAAGAAAAAGAGCAAAUCAUCAAAGCAGAAAAAGAGGAAAAAUGACACACUUGCUGAAAGUGGUGUAGUUGAUCAAUCUAAUAACGUAGAGGAUGGACUUGGUCAAGAAAAUACCUUAUCGAGUGAACCUGAUAAGCCGGAGAAAAGAAAAUCGAAGGGAAAGAAGAGAAAAAGCGAAAAGAAAGCUGGGAAAACUGAGGGUAAUGAUUUCUCAAAACGACAAAAAGACUGUCUAUCUCCCCUAGGCAAGUCAAAAGAGCCCCACAAAAUUGUUGAGAAGGAUCGUCCAUCUUCAAUAGCUGAGGAUGAUUUGUCUGAGAAGACAGAACAAGCUGAAGAUGAAGAGAUUUAUGAGCUAUCUUCAGGGGAUGAGGAUUACUCUAAAGGAGUGAGAAAGUGGGUUACAGAUUAUUAUCAGAGUAGGCCAGGGAUAAAGGUGUUGCAAGAAAGGAUUGAUGAGUUUAUAACUGAUCAUGAGGCGAAAAAAGAACAGGAAAGGAAAGAAAAAGAAGCCCGUGCUGCUGAAGGUGGAUGGACCGUUGUUGUACACCACAAAGGCAGGAAGAAGACAACGGAUUCUGAAACUGGAAUUGCAGUUGGUUCUGUUUCUCAGACUGCUGUUAUGGAUAAUAUGGCCAAAAAGAAAAAGAAUGAUGUGGGAUUAGAUUUCUACCGGUUUCAGAAGAGAGAAGCAAAAAGAAAUGAGAUCAUGGUGCUGCAGAGCAAAUUUGAGCAGGAUAAGAAGCGGAUACAGCAGUUGAGGGCUGCAAGAAAAUUUCGACCUUACUGAACCAAGAGAAAUCUCCAGAACAGCGUUGUUAUAAGAUAACGCAAAAUACUUAAUGGAGAAUGGGUUUCAAAAUUGUUCAGUUCAUUCUGUUUGUUUAGAGAGAACAAGCUUAACUAACAGCACAAGAUAGUUGAUAAAGUUGUGACAUGAGUAUAGAUGAGCUAUUGUUCUUGUAUGUAGUUUCCAGUUUUGGUUGUAGUUGGUGGAUGCCCAACUGUUUUUGCUGAAGCUUAUGCUUCAUGUUUCUUGUGGUAGGCAUUUCACUAAAAGCUCAGCCUAGAGUUGAUCAGCUGAUUUACUUUAAAUAUUUUCUAAGAUUGGAGAAAUAGAAAACAAUUGUAUCUUUUCUACCA